GGCUUGUUUGGGCAUCUUUACCCAGUCAACGGUGGUUGAUUACCACGCUCGACGCGUUUCCUCUUUCACCCUUUGCCCAGCAGCCUCAACUCGUCGCGCAUCCGCCUCACUUCGUCGCCGCCCGCAUUCGAAAAUUCGACCCGACGUCGCUUUCAAGUGUUUAGACGGUAUUACUUGUUGGGUUUGUCAAAAAUAGUCUCCAGAUGUUCUUUGAAGACCCCAACGAGACCGCAGCACCUGAGGACCACACGCCAUUGACGGCAGACGACCUCGCCUUCCCUGGCGAAGCAGUGCUGGAUAGGCAGAGAGAGUUUUUGAGCAACUCUUCCGGGGACUUUGAUCUCGCGGCGUUCUUUUUGAUCGCUGAGAACGAGGAUCUUAGGGAACAAGUCCUCCCAGAUGCCCUCGCCACUGAAGAUGCCCCUACCAACAACGAGCAGCCGACCUCCACUGCCGCCGCCGCUCCCGAUGCCCCCACCGAACUGGUCGCUCAGCACCCCCUGCCCGCCUUGAAGGCCACGGCUGACAAUGCCGCAUCCGAGCACGAUUCAGCAUCCGACGUCGCCCCCAACCACCCUCCUCAUGGCCACUCGAGGUCAUCGUCUACCGAGUCGGACAUCGCCCACCGCGCUGAAGGUGCCAUCACUCCGCGAGGCGCGAGUGAGGAGUUGGAGAGGGAUCAGGAGAAUGCGGUGAAUUCGACUGAGAAGAGCGCCGGGACGAGGGCGGCGGAAGCGAAGGGUAUCAACAGUGGCGAAGUUGCUCGGGGCGCGAACGCGUCCUCGACAGGUCUCCAGCAGACCCUCGAGAUGCGGGCUUUGACGCCGCCCUCUGGGCCAUCGUCAAGCGGCGGUUUGACCCCGCCUCGCGACGUGCAGUACGGGAGCGCCCCGAUCAACGCUAGCCAAGUUGUGCACAUAGGUGCACAGAACAACGAAGUGCUGCGCCGCCCUCAGUACUUCACCAUCGACCAGUUCGAUCAAGGCCCCGCCUACAACCCCUACCUCGCGCCGUCGGCUCCUCAGCACCGCUUCGCGGCGCCUCCGGCUUUCCUCCGACCUCCCUACCCCUUCGCCAACCCAUCCUAUGGCUUCGCACCCCCUCAGUACCUGGGGCUUGCGCUCUCAGGUCUUCCUGCACCCCCCUACUAUAGUCAAGGGAUGCUAGGUGCCGGCUAUGCGUACCCUUGCGCUCCGCCGGCCCCGAUGCCUCAGCAAGGCUACUACGGCCCCUCCAACGUUGGCGCGCAGCCUACUUCGCAGGCCGGCUACGCGCCCGUCGCGGAUGAAGCCCCCGUCCCUGUCGACUACGCUCUCCCAGCUCCGUCCGGUAGUGGUGCUUCAGCCGUUGAUGACGGAGGACGGCUGGUCGCUGCGCCCAUAAAGAAGAAGGGCGGCAAGCGCAAGCGUCAGUCAAGCCCGACCGACAAGCCCGUCGACGAGCCACCGGCCAAGAGACCUCGCCCUCCGGAGCCGACCUUUCAUGGUGAUUGGCGAUUACACCAACGUCGAAAAAAUGCCCAAGAUGGAGAAAAUCCUCCAAUGACGGACGUAGUUCCCAAAAAGCGCUGGACUAAGGCGCAGAGAGAGGAGGCCGAGAAGCAGUCUGCAGCUUCGAACACCACCCAGACCCCUGGCGCUGGCCCUUCCUCGCGCGUGGGGCCCAUGGACGGCCCCGCGUUGGGCCUUGCAGUCCAGGGCGAGUCCUCGGAUAUCCAGCAGACCCCAGACGACUUGUGGAUUCCGCCCAUGCCGGGAUCGAGCGCAUACCAACCAGGUUGCACUUACCCUCGACUUCCACCGGUUCCAAAGCCCGGGAAGCAGUAGGAGGGCGUAGUUCGCUUGCGGUUGCCAUGGGUAGUAGCAGUCC